CCUCUUUGUUGAACUAAAGACCUAAACAAAAACCAAUUAGCCGUGGCAUGGUAACACAUGUAACAUACAAACACUGCACGAAACUCGAACCACCCUAAACGACGGCGCAUUCAAAUUCUCGCCACCGCCGCAGCAUCAAAUUCCGAACUAUUAUUACCUUUGGUUUCCCCUUCCAAGUUCCAGCGUCGCGAUGACGGAAACGCGCGAAAACGCGUCGAAUGAAACCGUUCGCGAAUACGAGGAGAAAGAAGAAGACCAAAGUUUCGAAGAACUCGGUUUGGACGCUCGCCUCGUUCGUGCUCUGCUCAAAAAGGGAAUCGAGAAACCCACUCCAAUUCAGCGCGUCGCUAUUCCUCUCAUUUUGGAAGGUAAAGACGUGGUUGCACGAGCGAAAACAGGUUCGGGGAAAACGUUCGCGUAUCUUCUCCCGUUGCUUCAGAAACUGUUUACCAGUAACGUUGAUAGGAAGAAGCUAGCGCCCAAUGCUUUUAUUCUUGUCCCUACUCGCGAACUGUCUCAACAGGUAUAUGCGGAGGUAUUGUCGCUUAUUGAGUUGUGCAGAGUUCAACUGAAGGUUGUGCAGUUGAAUAGCAAUAUGCUUGCUAAUGACUUGCGGGCAGCAUUGGCUGGACCCCCUGAUGUCUUGAUCUCCACUCCUGCUUGCAUAGCGAAGUGUUUGUCCGGCGGCAUACUUCGGGCAGCAUCCAUUAAUGGAUCGCUUGAAACUCUGGUUCUUGACGAGGCAGAUCUUCUAUUAUCAUAUGGGUAUGAAAAUGACAUAAAAGCUUUUACACCUCAUGUACCCAGAAGUUGUCAGUGUCUUCUUAUGUCUGCAACAUCAAGCGCUGAUGUUGACAAGCUAAAGAAGUUGAUUCUACACAACCCCUUUAUUUUGACUUUACCUGAAGUGGGAAAUCAUAAGGAUGAGGUCAUUCCUAAAAAUGUUCAACAAUUCUGGAUCUCAUGUCCUGGCAGUGAUAAGUUGCUCUACAUCCUUGCUGUGUUGAAGUUGGAGUUAGUCCAAAAGAAAGUUUUGAUAUUUACUAAUACCAUAGAUGCGAGUUUCAGAUUGAAACUAUUCUUGGAAAAGUUUGGGGUCAGGUCUGCUGUUUUAAAUCCUGAGUUGCCUCAGAAUUCUCGUCUACAUAUUAUUGAGGAAUUCAAUGCAGGCCUGUUUGAUUAUCUAAUUGCAACAGAUGUUAGCCAGUCAAUGGAGAAGGAUGAAGCACCAAAGGAAAGUAAUGUUGGAUCACGAAAGUCUAGAAAACAUGCUAAGACAAAAAUAGAUUCUGAAUUUGGAGUUGUGAGGGGAAUUGACUUUAAAAAUGUAUUCACGGUUAUAAACUUUGAAAUGCCUCAAAGUGUUGCAGGAUAUGUACAUCGAAUUGGGCGUACGGGAAGAGCAUAUAAUUCUGGUGCUUCUAUCUCUUUGGUUUCUGCAGAUGAGAUGGAUACAUUAGAAGAAAUAAGAUCUUUCGUUGGGGAUGAUGAAAACAAAGGCUCAAAUUCCAUUGCUGAGUUCCCCCUCCUCACAAAGAAUGCAGUUGAAUCUUUACGUUAUAGGGCUGAGGAUGUUGGAAAGAGUGUAACUAAAAUUGCUGUUCGUGAGUCACGAGCCCAGGAUUUGAGGAAUGAAAUUUUGAACUCUGAAAGGUUGAAAGCCCAUUUUGAAACUAAUCCGAGAGACCUAGAUCUACUGAAACAUGACAAAGUUUUGAGCAAGAAUACCCCGCCUUCACACCUACGUGAUGUGCCUGAAUACCUAUUAGACAAAACAACGAAAGAGGCAAGGGCAAUGGUCAAGCUCGCAAGGGAUGCAAUGGGAAAUAAUAAUCGCCGCAGGGGAUCCAAGAGAAAAAUGAGAAAAGGUGGAGACCCUCUGAAGGCUGUCUCUGCUGCGGUAUGUUUAAUUUUUUCCCUUGGGGUUUUACCUCACUUUUAUGCCCAUUCUGAAUCUUUAAGGGUAAAGGGGAUGGAGGAGGGGCGUGUGGGAGACAAGGAAAAUGAAAGGAUGGAAAAGAAUUUGGGUAGUUUUUUAUGGACUUGUAUGAAACUGAAAAAAUGUUAGCACAACCCUGCAUAGAUCUACAGAUAAAUUCAUUGCUGAAAACUUAACUAGUUGUACAUUGUGGUAUACUAUUUCUGUAUUCUAUGACUUUUUGGAUUACAUUUUUGUCAGGUAUCAAAAAGACCGCACAAAGUUGCUAGGAAGGCUGGUGCAAGCGAGAGCAACAAUAGCAGUGAUAGACAUAAACGCCAAAAGAAAAAGGGUAUUUUUGAUUGAUGUGCUUUUUUCCUACAAAGCCUUAUAAUAGGCUCAAUUUUGUUGUAAUUUUGGUUCCAAAUAUCGUAAAUCAAAAGUACUAUUGUAAUUGUUGCUCCUUAAUGUGACUUGAAGUCAAUAUUUUCCCAUUACAAAAUUAAAUUUUACUUAU